AUGUCUCAUAUCAUCGAAGCAGCUGCAGUUCGUGGGUUAACAAAUGCUCUUUCAACUGGUACUUUUGUAUUGGAGCAUUUAGGUUUGAAAGAUUUGCUUGACUUACACGCAUCGGCUGCAAAUAUCACACCAUUGUCCGAACACCCCACUCCAUUCUUUGUGCGUCAAGACAGGAAAGACCCAAACAAGAAGGUGAAGGUUUUUGGUGCAAACGGUGUACAACUCUACACCAUUGAGAGAUUAUCAACUUUCCAUCCAGUGUGGACUUUACUUACUUUCCCAGUUAGAAGAGAAGUUGCCACCAUUAAUGCUGGAUUCACCAGUAGAUCAGUUGAUUUCCAUAACAAGCCAGGUAUGUCUCAUCGUGAUAUCACGGUCGAUUCGGGCUUGAGUGGUCGUUAUAGAAGUUUUUAUACUACGGAUGGAGCAAAGUAUUCCUGGGUAAGAGGUUCAAAGUUUUUAGAGAAAGUUACUAAUCCUAAUGGAGGAGUUGAAGAAAGCAGACAACGAGUUGCCAAAGUAAAGCUUAUGAGACAAUUCAAGUUUGAUUUUGAAGUGUUGGUGGAUGAAGAACUUAUUGAUAGGGAAGUUGUUUUAUCCACUGCCUUUGUAUCCAUGUUAACUCAAUGGGGAGUUGGUGAUGUCACCGACACCAUCGGUCCAACAUAUAUUGCACCAAAGCCAAUCAUUGAUAAAGAAGAAACCUCCUCAAAAGAGUCUGAAAAUGUUGUGGUUGUAAUUCAAGGAAACUCGAAUGAUGAUUAUACCAUUGAGGCUGUUUAG